AUGUCGACGAUAGUUGCACCAGCCUACGCAUUCUCCUGGCACUCUUGUGCUCGCCUCGAGGUUCCUUUGGACUUCGAUAAUCCUACCGGCAGUCAAGCAGCCAUAGCUCUAGUCCGCAAGCCAGCCAGUGUCCUGCCUAACUCGAAGGAAUACAAAGGACCCGUCUUGUUCAAUCCGGGUGGGCCUGGGCAGAGUGGUGUUGCGUUCGUUUUGGGGUUGGGGGACCACCUAGCCCAGACGCUCGGGUCUGGGUUUGAUAUCGUCGGGUUUGAUCCACGAGGUAUAGCUCGAUCGACACCCCGGACAACGAUCUUCCCCACCCCCGCCGAACGCGCGUUCUUCCAACAGGCGCACUUUGACCGGAUCGUCAAUGCGAGUGGGGAGGGUGUGGAGAGGGCGUGGGGGGUGGGACACGUCAUUGGAAAACUGGCUCAAGCGCAUGAUGAGGAAGAAGGAGGGUAUUUGGAGUACAUCAAUACACCCAAUACGGCUCGAGAUAUGUUGAGGAUUGUGCGUGCGUUUGGGAGGGAGAAGAUACAGUAUUGGGGGUUCUCGUAUGGCACUGUGCUGGGUGCGACGUUUGCUGCUAUGUUCCCGGACAACGUCGAGCGUAUGGUCCUCGACGGCGUCGUCGACAUCGAGAACUGGUACAACGGGAUCUGGGGCAGCGAGCUGCAAGACGCCUCCUCCGCUCUAGAUCACUUCUUCCAAGGCUGCGCAGCCUCCGCGUCCCCAAAAAACUGCGCUCUCCACGACCCCGACGCGUCCGCCAUCAAGGCGCGGUACUACGACCUCGCUGAUCGGAUAAAACAUGAACCUAUCGCGGUGCAUACGGAAAGUCUCUGGGGAGGCCCGAUCUACGGGCUCGUCGACCACUCAAAGUUCCAGAGUGUGAUGUUGAUGGGGUUGUACUUUCCCUAUCUGGCGUAUAGCUUCUAUGCGCGAGCUUUGAAGGACCUUUUGGAUGGUCACCCGGAUACGUUUUUUGCGAUGGACGGUUCGAGGGGGUUUCAAUGCGAGUGUGAUCGGUGGGAGGACGGGGAGGAGGAGGAGGUGGGGGAGGGGGAGGAGGUGGUGGAGGGCCGGAUGGCUGUCGAGUGUGCGGAUGCAGCGGGGUGGGGUGGGGGUGGGGGUUUGGAGGAGACGCGGAGGGCGUUUGAGGCGUUUAGCGGUGGUGGUGAGGGGAGGUGGAGGGAGUGGGCGGGUGUGUGGGCUGGUGCGAGGUUGAAUUGUCUGGGAUGGCCGAGGAAGAUACCCGGCAAGCCUGAUUUUGAAGGACCGUUUGUGGCUAAUACGAGUCAUCCGAUUUUGUUCAUUGGGAAUACUGCUGACCCUGUUACGCCUCUCGCCCAUGCGCAUAAGGUAUCCCAAGGGUUCCCAGGUUGGGCCGUUGUCCUCACUCAGGAUUCUCCGGGGCACGCAUCCCUAGCCGCCACCUCGUUCUGCACCCAACUGCAUAUCCGGAAGUAUUUCGUCAACGGCACGAUGCCACAGCCUGGAACUGUGUGUGAGGUUGUGGGUUCGUUGUUUCCUGGUUCUGUUUGGCCGUUUGGUGAGAGUGGUGAUGGUGAUGGGGAUGGGGAGGGGGAGGGUGAUGGUUCUCCGGCGGCUGGUGGGGAUGGGGAUGAGGAUGGAGGGAUGGAAGACGUGGCUCGGGCGAAGAGGGAUAGAAAAGCAAAGAGGGACGAAGUAAAAGAAAGACUCGCUGUUAGAGGAAGCUUGGAAGGAGUCGAUGUGGAGCAGUGGAUGGAAGCUGUUGAGAAGUUGGCGAAGGAGGCUGCUGGGAGGCGGGUGUAUGGACCUUUGUGA